AUGAUACAGGAGACUGAAAACGAUAGAAGCAUUGAUGAUGACAGUGACGAAUACGAGCCCACACGUGAAGCUAGCAGCAAACGCAGAGCCACACAUGCAGCUACCACAACACGUAUUGCCACGCAUGAAGCCGUGCGAAUGGAAAGUGCCGAGAGUUCUGUUUCGAAUCGACACUUGCCAUCAUUCAACAACGUGCCAUCAUUCAAUAACGUGCCAUCAUUCAAUAACGUGCCAUCAUUCAAUAACGUGCCAUCAUUCAAUAACGUGCCAUCAUCGUCAAGCAGCACAAGUUCCAAUCAACGCAAAUGA